AUGAUGGGGUCGGACGAGCGUCUACUGGAAGAGUCCACGCUCUCCCAGAAGCCUUCUCGGCUAUCAUUGUGCAUGUUACGGGUUUACAAAUUAGCUAAAAGCUUGGUAAUCGCUUUAUUACUCGUCUUUUUACUAUGGUUUUUGCUGAUUAACUUUGGGCCGAGGAAACGAAAGCUACCCUUACACGACGAUGUUAUACAACAACAGUUAAUGGACAUACCAAGAAAUGUAAGUAAAGCUUUGGAGAUAACGUUACUAUGCUUAUUUCGUAUUUUAUGUUCACUAUGGUUUAAGUACGCUACAUUCAAUAAUAUUAAUUUAUUAAUUAAAAAAUAACAAUUGUAAACAAUUUCAGACAAAAGAUGAUUAUGUACAUAUAUAUGUUGCUGAUGACAUACCAGUAGACUACAAUGUCUUUAAAGGUUGUCCAGUCAGCAAUUGUGUAAUAUAUAGAAAUGGUAAGUAUUUGGAAUAACACUUUAUACUUUUCAUAUCUAGAUUCGUUGUUAUCACAAGCUGAUGCUGUAGUUUUAACACCAAAAUCAAAAAUUACUACGGUAAGACCACCACAUCAGACGUGGAUUAUGAGUUUGAUGGAAAGUCCAUUGAAUACGCAGGAUUUGGAAGAGUUUCAUGGGAAGGUAAGUCAUUAUACACAAAUGAGUGCGUGAUAAAGAGAGAGCGAGAGAGAGAGAAAGAGGAAGAGAGAGAGAGAAAAAGUAAAAUGAGAAUGUAAAAAGUUAAAAAAUGAUGAUACUAUUUUUCAGAUCAAUUACAUAGCGUCAUAUCGGUAUGACAGCGACUUCCCUACACCAUAUGGCUACGUGAAGAAAAUUAAACAACAAUUACCGACUAAACGACAUAUUAACAGUAAAGGUAGGUACCUAUAAGUUAAUGUAAAAUAGAAUCGUUUUAAUCAUGUUUAAUAUUAUAUAUAUCUGAAGUGGCACAACAAUUUAAAAGUGUUAUAAAGUAUAGCAAAUAAUCUUACAACAAAAUAUUGUUUCAGAAAAAUCAGGUAAAAUACUGUGGUUAGUUUCAAAUUGUUUUACUCCGAGCAGAAGAGAUGUGAUAGCUGAUGCUUUAAGUCAAUAUAUGACAGUGGAUAUCAAAGGUAAAUGUGGGAUGGGCAGAGUUGGAACGGAAGAAGGAUUCAGAUUAAUGAGGGAAGAAUACAAGUUUUAUUUGGCAUUUGAAAACUCACAAUGUAAAGACUAUGUUACUGAGAAGUUGUUCAAUGCCUUACGGUAAGUAUAAGUAUAGUUAAUAUAAAUACUAUUAAUUAGUGAUAAAAAUGUAAAAAAUAGAUUUUUUGAGGAUUAUAUGUAUGUCCAAGUAUACGACAGAGCUUCCAUAUCAAAAAAGUUAUAUUAAAGCUUUAAAAUACAACGUAAAAUACAAAACACUAUAGUAAUUUACCCCCUGCCACAGUUAGAGUCUCCACAAGCCAACCACAUCUUUACUAGUCCAUUAUCGUAUGUGCCGUAGUUACUGCCACUUGAAAACAUAGGGCUGUUUAGACUGUUAUAGCUUUUGUAGUCAUAACUGCCUCCAUACCUUCGAUAAUUGUUGUAGUUACUGUACCUAUUAUAGUUGUAGUCAUAGUAAGAGUUAGUGUUGUAGCCAUUGUAACCGUACGGACUUACGUAUGGAUAUGACAAUGAUAGUGGUAUAUACAGUAGGAAGAUAGAUAUUAAAGCGUAUGUUGAUAGCUUUGAAAACAUUUUUGGAUAGAACUUGGUAAAACACAGUAGAAGAAAAUUGGGUAAGUAAUAUGGUACUGUUUAGUAUGAUUACAGUAUUGUAUUUGAGUAUUAGUACAAAAAAGUUAUCGCACAAACUGUGAUGACAGUUGUCAAAAUCUCAUUACAAAAUAAUGUAGCUCUCCCCCAUACCACAACCUUGACUUAUAUACCCUGCCAAUGCCUUCUUCCGCUUCGGUAGUUCUGUUUACAACGGUUACAGUAGGAGUAUCUGUUAACAGUGAUUCGGUUAAUGAGAAGUGAAGAAUCCUAUAAACAAUAAUAUGCACUAAUUAACCAUUAUUACAUCGUCGUUUUUUAUAACUGGCGAAUGGCAGGGUGAUUUACUGCUUGUGACAAUUCCAAAAAGCAACAAACCUGAUGUUGAAAAAGGAAAGAUUUUUGGUGAAGAAUAGGAUUUGAAGUAGACAAACUAUAACUUUUGAUAUAAGAUUAUUAAAAAAUACAGUAAUUUUGAAAAUAAUUAAAUAAAAUUAAAGUUCAUUUAAUUGUGGCAUGACAGUAAAACCUCUUCAGUGCAAACCUCUAUAGUACGACACACACUUUAUAAUGACAACUUUUUGACCGCAAUUUGUAAUAGAACUUCUAUCAAAAAUUACCUGGAUAGUCUGACACUCUGAUUAUAAUGGCACUUUGGUCUAGUAUCUUGAGUGUCAUACUAAAGAGGGCUGACUGUAUAUUAUAAAGCGGCACUGAAAAUCAAAAAUAUACCAUAAAUUAAAAUAAUUUGCUAUUUUAAGAAAUGACAUUUUGCCAAUUGUCUAUGGAGAAAAGAAGAGUUUUUAUGAAAAGAUUGCACCACCACAUUCCUUCAUACAUGUUGACGACUUCGAUAGUGUGAAAAAACUUGCUGAGUAAGCUGCCGAACAAAUUUUUUAUUUUUUAAGUUUAUUUUUGAUUACAGUAUGAAUUUUUAAAAUUUUACCUUUUUGGUUUUAUAUUAGGUUGUCAAAAUAAUUCUGUGCUCCUUUUUAAAGCAAAUGCUCGGAGUCUCUACAAAGCUCAUUUUAGAUACCUAAUCUACUUGGACAAGACACCAUCAGCUUAUGCGGAGUAUUUCAAAUGGAAGAGUAACUAUUACCUGUCGAAUUCCCAAUUUUACUGUCGAUUAUGUUCAAAAUUACAGGAGAAAACGACUAAAGUCUACGGUAGUCUCAACGAUUGGUGGAGUAAAAAAGAUUGUACUCAAGUUUCUAGACCUAAAAUUUAA